AUGGGCAAAGAUAAGAAGGAAAAGAAGGAAACCAAGACCGUUGCUGUCGAAGGUGGUGAAGAUAACUAUGAAAAGAGGUUACCAGCUCUUUUGAAGUUUGCACAACCAUUGGCACCCAAGAAGAUGAACAAGAAGAUUUUAAAGACUGUUAAGAAGGCAUCGAAAGCUAAACAUGUUAAGAGAGGAGUUAAGGAAGUUGUCAAGGCUUUAAGAAAGGGAGAGAAGGGAUUGGUUGUUGUUGCUGGGGACAUUUCUCCACCUGAUGUUAUUUCCCAUAUUCCAGUUUUAUGUGAAGAUUCAUCUGUACCUUAUGUAUUUAUUCCAUCAAAGGAAGAUUUGGGAUCUGCUGGAGCCACCAAAAGACCUACUUCAUGUGUUAUGAUUGUUCCUAAUGGUGGGAAGACCAAGAAGAAUGCUGAUAAGACUGGUGAAUACAGAGAAUCUUUUGAUGAGAUUGUUAAGGAGAUUCCAGGGUUGGCUUAA